AUGUCGUUCUCUGGUAGCUCUGCGGGCACCUUCGCGUGCGGAUUGUGUUCUCCGGACCUCGCACCUCCGUUGCCCAGCGUCCCUUCUCCAGCUUCAAUCGCUGAGGUGCAGCGCUCAGCGUCCGUCACCGGGAACGGGCCGCUUCGUGACCUGCUUGACGGCUACGCCCGGUUGCAAGAUCACUGCCACGCGCUCAUGGCUCUAAACGGCGCGCUCGUUUGCCAUGGUAGCUCUCUGCACCAUCAGGCAGCCUGCCACCGUGACUCCACGUCUAGCCCCGACUCAACCCAACACCCGGGCCCAGUCGGCCGGACAGACGUCGCAUCUACUGUUGUCGUUGGCCCCGCAGACGGCACGCAGGCCCUCGAAGUGAUACGGCUCCAGGACGAGCUCCGAGAUGCUCUUGUCCGGGCCGGACGCGUGGACGAACUGGAGACCCGGCUAGCCUCUGCAAUCCAGGACGGCGACGACAUUGCCGCGUGGUUCCAUGGGGAGUUGAAGGCGGCCCGCAACCGUGUUACCGAGUUGGAACCGCGCGUGGGCAGUGUCACUUCAAACCAGGAGGCAUCUUCGGAUUGUGGGUAUUCGCCUUCGGCUCCGAGUCUUCCUCCAAGUGCGUCCUUGAGCGGAGACCCCGCGCUUCUUCGGCAACUCGAUGCUUGUCAUGCCGAGCGAGAAAUUGCUCGUGUGGCGCUCAAGAAAGCGCGUGCAGAGGUCGAAUCUCUCACAGAGCAACUGGUGGAAGCGCUAGCCGAACGCGACGAAGCCCAUGGCCGUCGUGUCCAGGCUCAGCAUCAGCUGCAUGAGGCCCACGUCGAACGCGAUCAAGCUAAAAGAAGAGCCGAGAACGCCAUCACCGACCGAGCUCGAGCCCGUUCUGCAACCCGGGAAGCCGAAGUCGUGCGUUCGCAGCUGGAGACCGAAGUAGCGUCGCUGUCGUCGCAGGUCACGAAUCUCAAACAUCAACUGAAGACCGCAACCACCGCUUCGUUAGCGGCAGCGUCCAACGUGAAGCGACUGAACGAUCGUGUCGGGGUCCUAGAGACCGAGAAUGCGGGUUGUGCAGAGCGCGUGGAGCGCGCUCGUGCUGCCUGUUUAUCAGUCGAACAGGCUCGAGACGUUCUCGGUCAACGGCUGUGCGCUGCUGCAGCAGCGGUCGGUGCUCGACUCGAUCUCCAGGAUCUAAUACAGGAAGUGGAUACCAUUGUGCGGACGACCGGCACUGAGAUCGGCUCUGGCGUCAGCCGUCGGUCGCUGCCUCCGCCUCGCGCUCACCGUGUCCAUCGUCGUCUGAAGCGGAGUCACGUCAGUGACAGUGAGGAUGACGAACACGAGUCGGAGGGGCACGGGGAGGACUACACGGGUAACUCGCCAGUCCCGUCCCGAGCCACGGACUCGCCUAAGCGAGUGCGGACCGUGGGAUCGUUAGCAGCGGCGCAACCGUCCCAGCAAGGAGCAAGCGCUGACGUCGGCGAAGCAGUCGUAUCCGAAAUCGCUGCUGACUCUGUUGAGGUCCGAGAAGGGUCUACCCCUACCGGACAUGGGAGAGAGGGGAUCGGUAACGAAAGAGCGGUCGAUCCAAACGAGACGCCCAAUGAAGUUCAGGAAGCCACCCACACUGUGGUCAUCGAUGCAGCGGUUGGGGUUGGCGCUGUCGAAUACGUCCGCGCAGAUGAUGCUCCCGCCGAGGCACUCGUUCAGAGCGUAGUACCCAUUUUCGGUAACGUGGUGCCGCCGGUGUCAAAUGCCGCUGAGUGGGAUGAUUUCGACUCCGUCCCUUGGCCAAUCGAGCUGCGCCAGAUCACUUUGUCGGCCAUAACCAUUUUCGAUCUGCGCGACAGGAUCUGGCCGGUGCGAGGAUGGGUGAUACCCGUAACGCCGGAACCUGAACCUGCGAAGUGGCAGCGAGAACUGCUCACCAUCGAGAACGUGACGCAGUUGUACGCCAGUAAGCCGUGGUCAUAUCUUGAAGAGAUCACGAACCCGAUCACGUUCUUGCUCACCGAUCCGGCAUUCGCUUCACUCAUCGGCUCCUAA